CGUUCCUUUCUUGAAAUCUUGUCAGCAUCGCCAACUGUGGACCGCUCUUCGAUCGCUUGUUUUUUUUCCUGCAUUUAAUCUUGCAUGUACUGCUAAUUGUCUGUGGUAGAAGACAUCAUCUAUAUAUUUGUGAGAAGACUUCCCUACUGUAUCUGUUAAAAAAUAAUAGUGCCUAGUAAAAUCAAGGUCUUAAAGCAGCUAAUGUCCUGCUGGUUAGAAGGGAACCAAUAGGACCCAACUGCCCUCCUCCUCAGCCUGGCUUUCAUUGGUGCCACCUCUUGGCCUUGGUCUCCUCUCACGUUCUCUGCUUCUUCUACAGAUCGAUUAUAUUCUUAUUUCAGCACCGGACCUUGAGGCUCUCAAGACUUGCUCUCUUUCAAGAUGUUGCCUCUUGAAAAUGAGCCUGGCCACUGAAUUUUCUUGAUUAGUCUUGCAAGGAGUUAAGUGAGGGGAAUUAACGAUAAUUAGAAGAGUUAUGGGAGUUGUGCUUCUGGGUUUCUUGGGCCAGUUAAUUAAACGACGAGCUUCUUUGCGGUGGAAGCAAGCGGGAAGAGCAUCUUACCGCUGCAGCUAGCCUCCUGGUCUUUCUUAACUUCCUGCUACUUAGAUACAUAAUUCUCCUAGAACAUUCAUGUACCUUUAUGCAUGAAAUUUGAGCUGUAGCCACAUUAAAGGGAUGGGCACACAUAUGAUACAAUUGUUACAAGGCCUGUGUUCUGAUGGUCUAUGGAGGUAUGCCAUCUUCUGGUCUUUCAAAAGCGAGAUGAGUGGGUGGAUCUUGACUUGGGGCGAUGGCUAUGUUGAUAAAGUGAUAAAAGACAGACAAGUGGGAGAUCUUUCUUCUGGCCCCACUGUUAGUAAGAUUCAGAUGGUAUCAUCCUCUUGCUACAACAAAUGCUAUCCAUUUUGCCCCAUUGAGGCAGCACUGCUGAGAAUGACUAGCCAUUUGUACCCUCUUGGAGAAGGGAUUAUUGGUAAAGUAGCACUUACAGGACAACAUUGCUUGAUUUCUGCUAACGAGCUUUGUUCAAGAUCUAUGCCUAAGUACCGAGAAGACUGGGAGCUUCAAUUUGCAGCAGGAAUCAAGACAGUACUGCUUGUACCAGUGGUUCCUCACGGGGUUCUUCAAUUGGGCUCUUUACAUAAGGUUUUUGAAAGUUCAGCAUUGGUGGCACUCAUCAAGGACUUGUUUCAUGAGCUUUAUGAUGAUCCGGUUUCUCAUACCUCAUUAUCUGUUGGGCCUGCCUACUCAAAUACUUUGAGGUCACCUACUGCAACUCUAUCAAAUGAACAUCCAGACGUCAACUUGUUUGAGAUCGAUAGUUCAGCUGAGCUUUUGAAUGAUCACCUCAGUUUGACACAUGCCUUCAGUUCACCGGAAUUUCCAAUAUCAGAAGACAUCACUAUUGGCUCUUACAGAACUAGUCCAACAGGUCCGCCUAAUGGACUGUUGGAUGGUAAUGGAACCAUGGAGUAUGAAUAUUUCAAUGGCUUUACCCUGACAGAUAUGGCACAUGGAUAUCAAGAGAAUACUUGUGGUGAUGGCAGCACUGUUCUAAAUUAUGGUGUAGUGAUUCCAAAUUCUUCAACUCAUUCAGAAUUUCACAGAGAUCUCAUGGAAAUGUGCAGGGAAGAACAUGAGCUCUUCAUGUGGCAUAGUAGGUUGAAGCAUACAAGCUCUGCUCCCCUUCAAAUGAAUGGCAACAAUGCUGACUUUUACGUGGAGCUUGAAACCAACAAUUAUGCAGAACUGUUACUAGAUACUGUAAUUGACCAGAUUGGUCAUACGUCGAAUAAUGCAUCUUCUCACUCAACUAAUUCUCCAUUUACACGCGAAACACAAAUUGAAAAAGAUCAUGCGUUGAGGCUGGAUGAAUCGUCAGUUCCUGAUAUCCCUGGUGGUCAAGAACUUUCACCUAUCCCCAUGAAUGAGAACGAAGGCUUCAUAAUUUGUGCAACGACUGAUGCUUCACCUACAGAAACCAACAAGACCAUAACUGAAGAAUACAUAGUUCGAAAUACAUUGGGGACAAAUUCAGCUAAAAUAAAAAAAAGAUGCAGGAAAGUUGAGCUCCAGAGACCAAGACCAAGAGACAGGCAAUUGAUCCAAGAUAGGAUGAAGGGAUUGAGGGAGCUCAUUCCAAAUGCAUCAAAGUGCAGCAUUGAUGCUCUACUGGACAAAACCAUAGCAUACAUGCUGUUCCUCCAGAGUGUAUCCGAGAAAGCUGAGAAGAUUCAGAAUACAUUGGAAGACAAGGAGUCCCGCGAUGAGACAAAGAAACAACUUGAAAGCUGCCCUCUGAGAGUUGAAGAGCUCGAUAUGCCUGACCAUCUUCUCAUUGAGAUGAUGUGCGAGGAUUAUGAAGUCUUUCUUGAGAUGGCGCAUGUGCUGAAGGGCCUUGAGGUGAGCAUACUAAAAGGAGUGCUGGAGCAUCGUUCCGACAAGCUCUGGGCUCGCGUUGUCGUCGAGGCAUCGGGAGGUUUCAGCCAGACGCAGAUUCUGUGCCCACUGAUGCAUCUCCUGCACAGGAGAUUCAGUUAGCAUGGCUUGUCCUUGAAAUGUUUGUGGUUCAUUUUGGAUUGGUUGAUGCAGUCUGUUCGCUUGGUACUUUACUACUAUGUACUUACAGCCAAAUAAAUGGAUUCACAAUGCAUUUACAUCACAACA